CCCGACCCAACGACCGAUCAUCGUCCAUUAUUCUCCAUUAUUAUUCGACAACAUGAAAGGGUUGCAUGCGCUCCCAAAGAGCAUUCUCCACAACGUUGUGUCCCACCUGUCUCCUGGCCUUGCCGACCUCCGAAACUGCAGUUCUGUCUGUCGAGCACUAGGAGAAGCUUCAACCACAGCACUUUACAAUCACAUCGACCUAAGCAUAGAUGAGCGCUACGAUCCAGACGCCGAUGCCAAAUCCAAACGGCGACAGCUUCGGCUGGUGCGCUCUAUCUCUGAAAAUCCAAAAUUAGGGGCCCUUGUACGGAUUUUCAAAAAUUACCACAACCCUUUUGGAGACUUUCAAGAUGCGACUCUAGAUCCUGACAGCUCUAUGCUCAUUGGCGCAGCUCAAAAUAUGAAAAAUCUCUCUAGAGCCUCUCUUACGCCAAAUCAACUGGCUGCUUACAUCAUUGCCACUGUACAGUCUUACCCACAGCUUGUAGAGUUGACUGUCUACGGACUUAAACCGGAAGAGCACAUCUGGAGCAUGACUCCUACGUCCCUGACAACCCUCAAAUGGGAAGUGCCACCUGGGUGGAAUAGCAGCGAGCAAAACCCAUGGGAUACAGCUGGUUUCCUGGUGAACGUCGUUGAAGCCACAUGCCCUAGUCUGGAAUGGCUAGACAUCUCUGUUUGCCAGAUGAGAACGUCCCUGCCCAAGCUACCAGUAGUCUCACCAGACAGAGUUCAGCAAUAUCGUGGAGCGCAAGCUACUCCAGCGCCCAAACUCGCACAUCUACGACAUUUUGGAUUUCGAUAUCAAUACGACGGGGGACACCGAAGAGAGAUCCAGGUAGCGUUUCUCGACUUUAUUAGGAGGCACAGACAGUCAUUGAAGUCUGUCACAAUUCCUGUCGGUUAUAGGCCUUGGACAAAAGAGGAGUUGGACUUCAUCCUGCAAGUCUGUAGACAGCUGCCAGACCUAAAAGAUUUAACUUUGGAGGCCACCAGAACAGGCCAAACUGGGGAAAACAUGACCGGCUAUGAAUUUUUCCAUGCACUUACGACGAAUAUCGCGAGUCCCCAUUUCUCCAUUGAACGCUUCUCUGUCACAAACAUUGACGUUCCAUUCUCACCAGCUAUUGGCAAACUCUUUCGUCCGUGGACAAGUCUCAGGUUUCUUCGGCUGGGAGACGGAGACAAUAAUAACGGUCCCUAUCGCGACGAUGGAAGAUUGGACUUCAACGCAUACAAGCCUGAUCUAUUUCAUUUUAUCGCCGAGCUUCCCCAAUCUUUGGAGGAGCUUUACCUUGAGAUAAAUGGGGAAGGCUUGUGCGUAGACGACGACGAAGAUUUUGAUCCUGUGUGCGAUUUUGGAACUGAGAUAUUCACAACUCUUCGCCGUCUUCAUACUUGUGAUAUUCAUGCCUGGAUUUCGAAUCUCGAUGGAGGUCUCGGGCAAAUUCCCGAGAAAGCGGUCUUUUACAGACGUCUUCCCCACCAGAACUUAGAAGACCCCGAGUUUCCUGAUCGUAUGCAGGGGAGCAAGAUCAAAGAUGUGUGGACUUCGAGAAUGGACUGUGUAUAUCAAGAGGAUGAUGCCGCCGUCACAAAGAAAUGUAAUGUAGUAGAGUUAAAGGGCCAUGAGGGAGACUUUGUAGGAAGGGAUGCCGCCAAGAUCUGGUGCGAUGGGUUCACAUCUAAGGAGUCAGAGGACUGUCCUGGUCCUGACUAUUCUUGGCCUUUCUGGGAGGACAAGGUAAAAUCAUAUCCUAUGUAUAGAAGGGGAUUCUAGGAUAAAACAGGCUUAUGAUUAGAUGAUUCAUUGACGGACAUAAAGGCCGUAAAGACGUCUCUAAAGUCUUCUAUUUCAGGCAAAAGUUCUAAAAUUUUAUCCCGUCUUCGUAAGCAUAACAAGGGCAUUCGUUCAACGCUAUUUCUAUAUAAUCUUGCGCUGCUAUACUGUUAUCCUGGUGUAUAGUUUAGG